UUUAUUUAAUGUCAUUAUAAUUGAGAUUUCUUUUUGGAACUGGUUUUUGAGGUUUCCAAAAGCAGUUUGGUUGUGUGGUUUAUAUGUUCUCUUGUUAAUGCUUGUCAGUUUUACAUUAUAUUUGAGUUCCAUUGUUUAUGAAUAAAAUAUCUUUGUUUCAGUUAAAACAAUCCACUUCUGAUUCUAAUUCUUGUAUACAAUACUUUAGAGGUGGUUUCAUAUCUUUUGAAGUUUCUCGACAACUUGACAAAUAUCUAUGUGAGGUGCAAUCACAAGAGGUUAAAUUUCCGUACAAGUGAAGUUUGAAAUUAUUCUAAUUACAUCAAAAGUUUGAAACUAUUCUAAUUACAGGCCAAUUAGUCUGGUGCAUGUUUGUAUAUAUUUGGUGCUAAGCCAUUGACCCUGAUGGUGACGGAACUGUCGGGAGAUACUAUUUCUUGGGAAGCAGGCGCAUAUGUGAAGGGUAGACAUUUGGAAACAGUUUCCGUGGUAAGCAAGGCGAUUGACGAGAAAAGAGACAUUGCCCUUUUAAUCUGUUUACUGGGAGGCAGUUAUAGUAUAAGGUUCUACGCUCUUGUGGAGUUAUCUACUGCAUUAUUUGGCAAACCUGCCUUUCAGAAUCUCAUUUGCAAUGGACAUGUACUUGCUGACGAUAAGGAAAAAAAAACGAGUAAAAGUCUGAAAAAUUAUCCUCCACCAAUUGAUGUUAUCGAUCAGAAUGUAGCUGUUGUGUUUAUUGUAACUCACUGUUCGUAUUAUAGUUUCAGUAUCAUUUCUGAUCAGAUAUCUGUUGUGCAGGAUGUAGUACGCUUUAUACCUAAUUAACUCCUGUUGUGCGCUGAACCAUUACGUUUCGAGAAGAGAGGAGUUUAUUGUGUUCUAAGUGUCAAGGACGUAUUAUUGCCAUGGUA